AUGAACCAAAACCAAACCAAAAUUUAAAGUUGGGUAAAAUUUUUUAAAUGUUGCAUCUGGUGAGCAACAUUUCAUCUAUUCGAGAAAUUAAUGCGCUGAUGAGAAAACGAAAACUCGUAUAUCGAGACGAUAAAGUGGCCGGUAAUCUAAAGGUUAGAUGAGAAAAUGGCCCUUAAACUCAUAGUAUGUAUGUACAUAUAUGUAUUUAGGUUUACUUAACACUUAAAACUUGACGACCGCAAACUUGCAAAUAAUGUUUUAUGUCAUUAAAGGUACUUCCCUCUUACAACAAACAAAUCGGCAAGCUUGAAGCAGAGUCUACGCGCUGGCGCAGAAAACUGCAUGACGCUAAUAAAGAUUUGGAAAAGCUAAAGAAGGAAAUUCAAGAAUCAAAGUAUGUGGAAAUUUUAAAGAUAUACCAAAAAGGAAAGGAUUUGGAGGUUCGUUAUUCGAAGCAGGACAUAAAUAUAAAUCACAUAUCCGGCAUAAAUACAGAAUUUUUGCGUGAUUCAGAUAAAGUACGAAAGGCCUUUGGCAUGGCAUGUGAACUGCUAAAAAAAUCGUACCCCAAUCUCAAUAGUGAUAUGAAAGAUAAAUAUGAACAGCUGCAGCAUUUUAUAAAAAAUCACACAUAUUUUGGACAUGAUGAUUAUAAGAAGGACAGUGAUGAAGAUUUGGAAAUACCAACACUGCAAAACAAUGGUAAACGUGUCUAUAAAAUCAAUACGGUCGAUUUGCCUGCGUCUACGAGCACUGUAAAGAAGCCUCGUAGGAAAAGUCCAGAAUUAGAAACUGACUAUGAGUUAGGUUUAGAUGUUAUGGAUGAUACCGACUCAGACGAUGGUAUUAGUAUUUUCAAAAAACCUUCAACCAUACCCAGUAAUAUCGAUGAAACGCAUGUGCUAUCAUGCACGACCGAUGAUGAAUACAGCACGAAUACAGACGUUAGCGCGAUAAAGUCUACGGCAGAUAAUAAAGAAAAUAGUCAGUUAUUGCGAAAAAAGAAUUUGGUCAGCAAUAUCCUGUCAGAGCAGAUUGCAAGGGUUCCAAUAAACAAAGAUCGCGUAAAGAGUGCAUUACUUAAAUCUAAAGCAUUCAAUCAUCACAGCCUUCUAAAAACUGUAGCUGUUGGCGUUCAAAAGGAAAACAGAAAAUUCAGUCCAGUGAGAGUACGCAAAAGUCCGAGAAGUAUAAUGGUUAAGUCACUCGCGACCACGGCUAACCUAGUGAAGCGACAGGCAGUUCGCUCGGCCAAUACCACUAGCAAUGACCCAAUCGUUCGAAUAAAUCGGGCCGCCUCUUUUCGAGUAAAGAAAUAAUAUCGCCUUAAAAAAAUUUAAAUCAAAUACAUAUUUCUUUCUAAUGUAAUAUAGUUUACUCAUUUAUAUCGUACACUCUCAUAUACAAACGCUUACGUACAUCCAUACAUUUGUAUUAUUUAUACAUUACGUACAUAUAUUUAAUUCUACAUACGUUUUUUUUAAGAAAACAGGUUUACAAAUUUGGAUAACUUACGGCAACAUAGUAUAACGUUCGACGUAAGAUAUGUGUUUGGAGAAGCACCAAAAUUCUUAAAUUAUAAGUCAUAUAAUUUCAAGUAAUUCAAAUAUGCCCUCCACUGUAUUUCGUCUUGUCACUCAUAUUCGUAAUUUGUUUAUUUUAACCAUUUGCUGUCAUGUUCAUAUGUAUCUAUUGCUUAUUAAUUUCUG